CAAAGAAAUUAAGAGCGUUUUAGACAAAUAUAUGAAUUAACAAGCAUUUUGUUAAGCUGUUAUUCACUAUAAUACCUAACAUGGUCUUCCGUGUAAUAUUAGAGAUAUGCUUAAAUGCCAGCGUUGGGCUAGUAGCCUAAAUAGUUAAGGUAGCAAAGUAGGUCAGCAUUUGUCGUGCUACUUGCUAACAUGAUACAAUCCGCUGCCAUGGAAACAAAAGAGGCUGGCAUGGCAGAGGGGAGGGCAGAGAUGGAAGAAGACAGGGGAGAUCUGCCCAACGGAGAGGAUGACAACGACUCGGAUAGAGAUGAAGAUAACAGAUUAGUAGGUUGGAUAUUACAUGAAGAUAUGGAUGAGGACGAGGAAGAUGAGGAAGUGGACGAUGAGCAGUUAUUAGACACUGAAGCAGUUGAGCAGGACACCCCAGCUGAGCGCAGUGGUCAUAUAGCAGUGGUUGACAGAAACAUCAUGUAUGUGUGGGGUGGAUACAAGAAUGCUGAAAACCACGGAUUCUUCGACUUGUAUCUACCGAGAAACGAGAUCUGGACCUACAACAUGGAGUCAGGAGUCUGGACAAAGCAUUUAGCUGGAGGUAGCCUCCACUCAUCGAUGUCAGGCAGCUGUGGGGUGUGUGUUGAUGGAGUUCUCUACCUUUUCGGGGGGCAUCACGCCCGGGGAAACACAAACAAGAUCUAUCGCCUGCCCUUGAGAACUCCCAGCCUUGUGUGGGAGGAAAUGAGGGAUCUUAAAGGACUUCCGCCAUCAUCCAAGGACAAGCUGGGCUGCUGGGUUCAGAAAAACAGAAUUAUAUACUUUGGGGGCUAUGGCUACGCUGCACAGGGCGCUCAUCGAGGGACUUUUGAAUAUGAUGAAUCGUCUUCUCUUGUGUGGGACAGCCCUGGGCGAGGCUGGAACAACCAUAUCCAUAUCCUGGAUCUGGAGACGUCAACAUGGAGUCAGCCAAUUACCACGGGGGACACCCCUUCACCCAGAGCAGCUCAUGCCUGUGCAACAGUUGGCAACAGAGGCUAUGUGUUUGGUGGCCGAUACAAGAACUACAGAUUAAAUGACCUGUACUAUCUUGACCUGGACACGUGGGAGUGGCAUGAAAUGAGCGUUCCCCAGCAGGGUCCAGUGGGCCGUUCCUGGCACUCCUUCACUCCUGUGUCACCAGACCACAUCUUCCUAUUUGGAGGUUUCACCACAGACAGGGAGACGUUGAGUGAUGCUUGGCUGUACAGUGUGAGCAAAAAUGAAUGGAAGCCUUUCAAACACAGUCACACAGAGAGCCCCAGGCUGUGGCACACAGCGUGCGCUGGUCCAGACGGUGAAGUGUUUGUGUUCGGAGGGUGUGCCAACAACCUGCUGUCACACCACAGAGCUGCACACAGCAAUGACCUGCUGGUUUUCAAUGUUCAGCCCAAAUCAUUAGUUCGGUUCUGCAUGGAGACCAUCCUUCAGCACAGGGAGCGUUUGUCUAGCUACUGGGACUGUUUGCCUAAACACCUCCUGCACAGCCUCAAACAGAGAAUGGCACGUGUCAACACACUGGGCUCUUAGUUUAAGAGGACAAUUAGAGGACAAUAUGUAUGCGUGGAAGGGGAUACAUGCUUUCUGAAAGCAGGUAGUCCUUUUCAUGUGAGUGGAUACUUUCAUACAUAAAAACCUCUCCAGGGAAUGCUGAAAGGCUUCGGAUUUGUUAGAAAUGUGUCCCGCCUGACGCAUGAAGGUUCACAGGCCAUCCUCAAAACUGUUAAUCACCUUAUAAAUGUUGCCGGGACAACCAUCAUUGUUGAGUGAUGGUGAUGCGAUAGCACAUAAGAGGAGAAACCUCUCACUACUUUUGGGUUUAGCAUUUUGUUUUUUUCUCUCUAAGCGUUUUUUUCCCAUCUUAAUUUUGAUGAGUCGUUUCAACAGUAGUGAUGAAAAGCUUAAAUGAUGGCGUGGUUUUCUGUCCAGGUUAGAUGUGUCUUAUAACGACAAACGUGAACUAAAAGGACAGAAAACCUCUGCUCUCAUAUUUCAACCGGAGAAACUGUCCAUGUUAAAUGUAACCUCAAGGUUUGGGGAGAUGGAUCAAAUUCUCUAACAGGAUUUUUCAAAAAAAACAAAACUUAAAUUCAUUAAGAGAGUGAUUCCAUAUCAAACAAUAAAUUAAAAUAAGUUUGCUGUAAUUGUUACUAUAAUUUUUGAGAAUAUCUUGAAUACAGUGUUUAUUGAUGUUGUUCUCACAGACCUAAAACUCGUGCUUUAUGUUACACGUGACUAUCUACUUUAAGGCACAGAAAUGCUAACUUUAAGUUUUUAUCUGUAUAUAUGAUUAUUUAUAUAAUUGUGAGGAUGUGUGUGAUUCUGUACUUUCAAAGAGGCUUUUAAAGCCUGAAAUUGGAGGAAAUAAAUUGUUGAAAGUGGCUACUGUAGCAUAUGAAUUUAAUUUAAUCAAUAACUCACUGCAAGUUUAUUGGGGCUGCGGCUUUGUUUGGAAUUGCCUGGUUUGCACAAUUGAUUUUUUUUUUUUUUAAGUGUGGGAUUAAAAAGGCAUAUUAUUACUGCAAUGCAUAAUUUGUACUCAGAAAAUAAACACAUGACAUAUUCA